AUGGAAUCUGUGAUUGAAGCAAACAAUAAAUUCGCCGUAGACCUCCACAAAGCCCUCAAAAAUGACCAGAACUUCACAAGCAAAAAUCUGUUUUACUCACCGAGUAGUUUGAGUAUUGCUCUAGCUAUGACUUAUAUGGGAGCGAAGGGAGAUACAGCUGGACAGAUGGCACUAGCUCUACACUGGAAAGCGAUACCUCAAGAACAGCUACACAGUGAAGAAAAACAGUAUCUUCAUGCUCUUCAAGAAACAAACGAGCAAGGCAACGAAUUGUUGGUGGCAAAUCGACUGUUUGCGCAGAAGGGCUUUAGCUUGGUGCAAGAGUUCGUUGAGGGCACGCAGAAGUAUUACAAAGCUGAAAUAGCCAUGGUUGACUAUCAGAAGGAUGCUGAAGGCGCAAGGAAAGACGUGAACGGCUGGGUUGAAGAGAAGACGAAGCAAAAGAUUAAGAAUUUAAUUCCCGAUGGAGUGUUUAACACGCGUACGAGACUGACUUUGGUGAAUGCAAUUUACUUCCAGGGUUUUUGGCAAAGUCAGUUUAAAAAAGAGGCAACUUUUCCUCAGCAAUUCUUUGUCUCCAAAGAUGAAAAAGUGGAAGUGCAAAUGAUGCACUUAGCAGCAAACUUUAAGCAUAUUAAGGACAGUGGAGAGCUGGCCUGCCAAGUGCUCGAGCUACCCUAUCAAGGAAAGGAUCUUUCCAUGUUAAUUUUUCUGCCACAUGACACCUAUGGGCUGGCCAAUUUAGAAGAGAGCCUCACCCAUGAAAAAUUGCAAAACGCUUUUGAAACCGUUUCAAAGUCACAACCUCACAAUGUUCAAGUAUCCCUUCCAAAAUUUAAGCUGACCCAACAGUUCCUUCUGAACGAAAUCCUAGCUAGAAUGGGAGCCACAGAUAUGUUCAAUCAGUUCAAAGCUGAUUUUUCAGGCAUCACCCUAGGCCCAGAGAGGAUCUAUGUGUCUCAAGUUAUUCAUAAGGCAUUUGUGGAAGUUAAUGAAAAAGGCACUGAGGCUGCUGCUGCAACAGGUGUGGUUAUGAUGGCCCCCACGGGACUGGUGAUUAAUCCCAUCUUUUGUGUUGAUCACCCAUUUUUGUUUAUGAUUUGCCAUAAGAAGUCAAAUGCAAUUUUGUUCAUGGGCCGCAUGUUGAAGCCACCAUCAAGCACUUGCUAA